AAGAACACUUUUUGCUAUUCAGAAAUUUUCAAGAGCUACUAUUUGAGCUGAAAGAUAUCAACGUUACUGAUAUUUUUUGCUUCCUACUCACAAAGGUAUUCGAAUAUGUGAUUCAUUUCUAUACUUUGUUGCUAAGAAUCUUGGCAUGAUAUCCUGAACACCACGGUUAUCAAAAAAAGAAGAAAAAAAUCUUGGCAUGUUAUAAGAACCAAAGGGUGCAAGAAAAUUAAAAGCAGAUCUAGUAGUGUUUUAAGGUGUUAUUUAUGAGUUAUGUACAAAUUAGUUGCCUCUUGAGCCGAGGACAUGAUCUUAGAUAGGAGGUGUGGCAGAUGCGAUUUAGGGUAGAAGGUUAGUAGGAGUGGUAGCACUGUAGUUUCUUAUUCUUGGAUUUGUGGUUGAUAUAUGUUGUUUCGGGUAGGUCGGUUGUAAUAUUACGUAGUGGUAGUAUUAUUCUGUUACUAUCUAAUGUUGUGUUACUCCCUGUUGUCUUUGGUACCUCUAUUACAUCUUUCUCUAGAUUAUUUUGUGUCUUGAGCCAAGGGUCACCUUACCUUUGGAGUAGUGGUGCGGAUUGCGUACACUCUACCCUCCCUAGACCCCACUUUGUGGGAAUAUACUUAUGUUGUUGUUGUUGCUGUUGUUGCCUCUUGGGCCGGGGGGUCUAGCGAAAACAACUUCUCUAUCUCACCUAUGAAGUAGAGGCAUCUUUAAGUUAAUGGGUCGUUUCAAAUAUCGGGGUUUAUGAACUCCUUGCUUUGAAGAGACUUGUAAUCAUGGCUAGGAAGAUGCUGAUUGAUGGAGAGUUAGGCAAACCUAGUGAGGAAGAAGUGCACUAUGACUUUGAUUUAUUCGUAAUAGGUGCUGGAAGUGGUGGGGUUCGAGCUAGUCGGUUUUCAGCCCAAUAUGGAGCUAAGGUUGCAAUCUGUGAGCUUCCAUUUGAUCCUAUUGGCUCUGAAGUUAGUGGGGGAGUAGGUGGAACAUGUGUUCUUCGUGGUUGUGUUCCUAAAAAGAUUUUGGUUUAUGGAGCUGCCUAUGGGCCGGAGUUGGAGGAUGCAAGGAAUUAUGGAUGGGAAGUGAAUGAGAGAGUCGAUUUCAACUGGAAGAAGCUUUUGCAUAAAAAGACUGAGGAGAUUGUACGGUUAAAUGGGAUCUACAAGAGGCUACUUUCAAAUGCAGGAGUUAAACUUUUUGAAGGUGAGGGAAGGGUGAUAGGUCCAAAUGAAGUUGAGUUAAUUCAACUGGAUGGCACCAAGAUGAGCUAUUCGGCAAAGCACAUUCUAAUUUCGACUGGUAGUAGGGCUCAUCGUCCAGGAAUUCCAGGACAGGAGCUAGCCAUAACUUCAGAUGAAGCCUUGAGCUUGGAAGAGUUACCAAAGCGUGCUGUGAUACUUGGUGGAGGGUACAUUGCUGUUGAGUUUGCUUCAAUAUGGCGAGGAAUGGGUGUGACAGUGGAUCUAUGUUUCAGAAAGCAACUCCCACUGAGAGGUUUUGAUGAUGAAAUGCGAGCUGUAGUUGCAAGAAAUCUAGAAGGCAGAGGAAUCACUAUGCAUCCUUGCACUACAUUGACUAAGCUUGAAAAAGCAGAAGAAGGUGGCAUCAAAGUGCACACAGACCAUGGUGAAGUGAUAAUGGCAGAUGUUGUGCUCGUUGCAACUGGUCGUCUCCCUAACACAAAAAGGUUGAAUCUGGAUGCUGUUGGUGUCGAGCUUGACAACAUGAAAGCGAUAAAGGUAGAUGAGUACUCUCGCACUAAUAUACCGAGCAUUUGGGCCAUUGGUGAUGUCACCAAUCGGAUGAAUCUUACUCCUGUUGCUUUGAUGGAAGGAACCUGUUUUGCGAAAACUGUUUUCGGUGAAAAACCUACCAAGCCCGACUACUCACAUGUCCCAUGUGCUGUGUUCUGCAUCCCGCCUCUCUCUGUUGUGGGGUUUAGCGAAGAACAGGCCAUGGAGCAAGUAAAUGGAGAAGUUUCAGUUUAUACAUCAUCAUUCAAUCCAAUGAAGAACACCAUUUCUGGACGAACAGAGAAGUCAGUUAUGAAGCUUCUUGUUGAUGCGCAGACAGAUAAAGUUUUAGGGGCAUCCAUGUGUGGUCCAGAUGCACCUGAAAUCAUGCAGGGCGUUGCCGUUGCACUAAAGUGUGGAGCAACCAAGGAGCAGUUUGACAGUACAGUGGGAAUACACCCUUCUGCUGCAGAAGAGUUUGUGACCAUGCGUUCAGAGACAAGGCGCGUUUCUGCAAACAAACCAAAGACAAAUCUCUGAAGAUGCAAAGACCUAAAAGGAAGCUUUCAGGAUGAGGAAAAAAAAAAGGACUGUUUCUUACAAUAUAUUUACAUUUAUAUAUAUGUACACAAAAACAACGCGACGAGACACUACUCAACCCCUCUUCAUAGUUUUAGCUACAUGGUGCUUUUUGUCUUUUGGUUUUAAAUUUGUAUUAUGUUUUGAGGGCAGAGGCAAACAGAGAAAUGCUGGCAGUAGCAGUAUUUACCUGUUGAAUGAAAAGUAGCUUGGGUUUUUAAUAA